AUGGCCAGAACAGAACAAGAAAGACAUGGCAUUAGUAUCCCAGGCCAGGUCCUUGACCAAAUCAGAGAAAGGGAAGAUAUAAAUGGCGAAGACAGCCGAUUCAAGAAAAAGCGGAAGCACCAGGCCAAACCGGUCUCUCGUAAAGAGAAGAGGAAGGAAGAGAGAAAGCUCAAGAAGCAGAAACGUCUGAAACAGCCCCACCAGCAGAAUGAACAGUCCAAGCAAGGGCCUCUUGCCGCCGCUAAGCAGAAACUUCUGGAGAAGAAGCAGCUGACCAAGAAACCAAAGGAAGAUCCACUAGCUGCUCUUAAAGCUCUCAAGGCAAAGAAAGGUGCUAAGAAACAAGAAGAAGUCCGUGUUGUCAAGGAAGACGAUCUUGACGAUGAGGGCUCUGAAUCUGGAGAAGAUGAGUUUGAUGGUUUCGAAGGGGAAGAAGACGAAGAAGUCAGUGAUCCUUUGGCUGCCUUGGCUGCACUCAAGGCUAAGAAGAACGGUAAGGCCAAACAGCUGGACGUGAAGAUUGUCUCUGCUGAGGACCUUGAUGAUGAACUUUCAUCGGAUGACUUUGGUGACGCUGCUUCUGACGAAGAGGAGGAAGGGUUGGAAGACUUUGAUGAAGAGCUUGAUGGAUUUGACGAUGACGAUCUUGAUGGGUUCGACGAAGAAGAGGAAGAACCAGAAGAGGACCCAUUGGCCAAAUUGAAGGCUCUCAAAGAAAAGAAAGCCAAGAAAGAGAAGAAGGAAGCUCCUGAAGCUGAUUUUGUGGAUCCAAUGGAUAACGAUAUUGAGUACUAUGCUAAGAAGCUUGGUCUUAAAGAAGGUAAGAAAGGAAAGUUAUCCAAUGAAGACGAUGGUUUGGACGAUUUACUUGACGGUCUUGAUUUCGUCGACCAGCCAGGUAGUGGUGACGAAGAAUCUGAAGGGUUCACAGCUUCGGAUGAUUUCGAUUCAGACGAUUUCGACUCAGACGGUUCUGACGAUGAGUCUUCUCGCAAGAAAGAAAAUCCUUUCGUUGCACCUACGCAAGCUGCCAGUGAGUCGGAAGGCGAAGCUGAAGAAAAGCCUUCAAAGUACAUUCCUCCAGCACUUCGAAGAAAGAUGGCGCUCGAGAACCUGACAGUUUCAGCUGAGACUCUUGCAUUGCAAAAAUCGUUAAAGAGUGCUAUUAAUAAGUUGUCCGAAACAAACAUUGGUGCUAUUGCUAAUGAUAUCAACGGCCUCUUCCUCAAUAACCCUAGACAAGAAGUUAACGAAAACCUCGUCAACAUCCUACUAACCAGUGUUAUCCAACAGGAAAGACUACUUGACACUUUUGCCUACUUGCAUUCAGCUCUUGUCGUGGCUCUUUACAGAUCCCAAGGUGCUGACUUUGGUGCAUACUUUGUCCAGACACUUAUAGAGAAGUAUGAUGCCUUUAAAAAAGAGGGAAGUAAGAACAAAGAGAUUCUUAAUGUGAUCUCGUUGCUUUCUUCCGUUUAUGCAUUCCAUCUAGUUUCGUCAAAACUUCUUUACGACCUCAUUAAGGAACUUAUUGCUAACUUGUCUGAAGAAACUGCCGAACACUUGCUAAAGAUCAUCCGUACCUCAGGUAACCAGAUGCGUUCUGACGACCCAACAUCGUUGAAGGAGAUUGUCUUGGAAGUUACAAAGAAAGCCAACUCUUUGCCAAAGGAUCAAGUGACACCAAGAAUGCAGUUUCUUCUUGAAACUAUCACUUCGCUUAAGAACAAUAAGUUGAAGAACAACAACGACGCUACAAACCAGCUUUCCCUUCGACUCAAGAAAUUCUUGGGUACCUACUCCUCCAGCAAGCUCACAGACUCGUUACAAGUUUCUCUUGAUGACAUCAGAAACGUCCACACCAGAGGUAAAUGGUGGCUUGUGGGUUCAGCAUGGAAGGGUAACGAAGAAAAGAGCCAAGGUGACGUUGUAAAUAAAGAAGUCAUGAACGAUUUCUUGGACACCGCUGAGCCAAAUUGGCUUGAACUUGCUAAAGCUCAAAGAAUGAACACUGACAUCAGACGUGCUGUUUUCAUUUCAAUCAUGUCCGCUAAUGAUUAUGUUGAUGCUAUGACAAAGCUUGACAAGUUAUCAUUAAAGAGAGCACAAGAAAGAGAAAUCCCUCGUAUUCUUAUUCAUUGUGCUGUUGUUGAACCAGCAUGGAACCCUUACUAUGGUGUUCUUGCUUCGAAGCUUUGUGAUAACCACUCUUACAGGAAGACAUUCCAAUUCAUGCUCUGGGAUUUGAUAAAGGGAUUCGAUGGAGUUGGUGAUGAUGAGGAAGAAAUGGACGUUUUCUCUGGUUUCGAUGACGAUGCAGAGGACGACGAAAAGCUCAAGAAGAUCCUCAAUUUGGGCAGACUUUUCGGAUACCUUUUUGCAGAAGGAUCAUUGGCGUUGCAUCUUUUGCGUACAGUUAACUUUGUCACUGCCUCUAACGAUACCAAGCUUUUCUUAGAAGUCUUGUUGGUUACCUUUGUGGACAAUAUCGGUAAGAAGUCCCAGGUUAGUGCUGUUGGUAUGGGCAUUGGCAGUAAGAAGAGCUCUCACGAGCAAAAGUUCGACGAUAGGGUCUUGAUUGAAAGAAUUCUCAAGGCCAAGGAACAACCAGCGCUUCUUCGAGGCAUUCAAUGGUUCAUUGGUAAGAGAUUGAGAAACAGUGAUUUUGUUACCGGCAAGAAGCAACGCAAGAGGGUUGACUGGGGUAUCAAUGCCAUGAACGAUAUCAUAGAAGAGUUUGCAAGAGAGGCUGAUUUCUAA